AUGCAUUCUUUUGUCUUUCUAAGCCUUGUUGGCCUCAGCUUACUUGCUCGGCCAACUGCAGCCCAACCAAAUAUGGUCGACUCAUGCAACAACAUUACUCCUCCGAUCGUCCCAGGUGCCACGGUCAAAUCCAUCAAGAGUCAAAUCUAUCGCGACCACUCCGUUACUGCGCUUCCCCCUACGCUUCUCCAGAAUGUCACGCAUCUAGACAUCUGUGAAGUCAAUGUCACUCUAUCCCAUUGGAAUGAAGACGAUACCGUUCUCGUGCAGACAUGGUUGCCUCUUAACAACUGGAAUUCCCGUUAUCUCGCUAUUGGUGGUGGUGCUUGGGCAGCCGGACUCGGCCAAUUUGAUCUUGCUCUUCCUGCUUCUCAAGGUUACGCUGUCUCAUCGACCAACGCUGGCCUCAGCGGGAAUCCAAUCGAUCCGUCAGACUGGGCCUUGAAGCAAGAUGGUACCGUCAAUUAUGGUCUUCUCAAGAACUUUGCCUCGAGAUCUGUUCACGACAUGGCAGUUGUUGGCAAGGCCAUUACAGCUUCUUUCUACAAGGUCCCGGCUAAGAAGGCAUAUUUCAAUGGCUGCUCCACUGGGGGUCGUCAAGGUUUGGCGGCAGCACAGCAGUAUCCCGAUGAUUUUGACGGAAUACUUGCUGGAGCUCCGGCCAUCUAUUGGACGGAGUAUGUCAUCGCCGAGCUUUGGCCUCAAGUUGUUAUGAAAGACGCCAACUAUUAUCUAUCGCCAUGUGAGCUGGAUGCUUUUGUAUCAGCAGCCGUGGAAUCAUGCGAUGGGAAGGACGGCGUUAAUGAUGGCGUAAUUACAGAGACGUUCACCUGCGAAUACAAUCCUUUUACUCUUGUCGGUAAAAGCAUUGAAUGUGGAAACGAGAAAAUGGUGGUCAACCAAAUUGCUGCUUCAAUAGUUAGCAAGAUAUGGAGAGGACCAUCUGAUUCGAGAGGCAAAACUCUAUGGUAUGGAAUGCCCAAGGGUGCAUCCCUUGCUGCAUUAGCUGCUUCGAAGACAGUCAAUGGGACAACCACUGGUUCACCGUUUUUUGUUGCCGAUACAUGGGUGCGUAACUUCGUCAAGCCAGAUCCCAACUUUGACAUAUCACAACUCAAUACCGCAGGCUUUGAGAAGCUGUUCUUAGAGUCACGAGAUAAGUUCGGUCACAUCAUGGAUUCCUCAAACCCCAAUCUCCAUCCGUUCAAGAAAGCAGGUGGAAAGAUAAUUAUCUGGCAUGGUCUGAGUGAUCAGUUGAUCUAUCCUCAGGAUAGCAUCCGAUACUUCAGAGAGGUGGAGAAGAGGUUUAAAUCCAAGGGGAAAGACGAGGACUUGGAUAAGUUUCUUCGUCUGUUUCUUGCUCCUGGGGUUGAUCAUUGCGGCUUUGGACAGAGCGCCGGUGCUGUACCAACUGAUCCAUUUGGAGCAUUGUUGGCUUGGGUUGAAGACCGCAAACCUCCCCAUGUAUUGGAUGCACAUACGAAACCUGACGCUCUUGCUCAGUUCUCACGAAAGAUAUGUCAUUAUCCUGCAGUGGCGAAAUACAAGGGUAGGGGGAACACGGACAACUCCAAGAACUACAUUUGUGUCUUUCCGUAG